AUGGACGGGUCAUCUGUGGCUAGCACAAAGGAUACGGCUGGCGAGAGCAGUGACACUGCGUCCACCAGCUACCAGCCGUUUCCGGAAAUGAGCGCCGAGCAGGAAUUUUUCCUCUAUGAGCUCGAAACGACAGAUUCUGGUAGUAUAGGAUUGGUACUCAGGGCCAUCUAUGAUUGCGGCGAUGUUAGGAAGUUCAGUCGCGCCCUCGAACAUAGAAUUCAUCAGUAUGAUAGAAACAUUCAAAAGGUGUGUUCCUUUCAUUACCAAGGUUUUGUGGACUCCAUGAAAGAACUGUUAUUACUGAAGGAGCGCUGCAGCGAUAUAAAGGCAUGUAAUUUACUCUCGUUCGAUUCGUUGUAUUCAGGUUAUCUUAUGCACGAUGCUGCAGCUAUUGAUUCUCAAAUCCAAGCCGCAAGCGAGGAUUUAUCCAGAAAAAGUGAGGAAAUCGUCAAAUAUAGGAAACUUGUGAAGAAUGCAUCUACCGCUAUCGAUCAGAUAUCAGUAUGCCUUCCUGUAUUGGAGAAUUACGCCAAACUACAAGAGCUUAUGCAACUCAAGAAGUAUUACCAAGCACUUAAAGUCUUGGAGGAGCUAGAACACACCCACUUAGCCCUCGUUGAAAAGUAUCGUUUUACCCAGAUUUUGGCAAAAACCAUGUCUCCGGUCCGGAACGAGAUCAAAGCGAAGGCCUAUUCGGAGUUCAAAGAUUUCCUCGAGAACGUUAAGAAGGUCGCUUGUAGAAUCGGACGACACGCCAGUAGAUGUACGGCCGAACAACAUUCUUUUGGCGUCAGUGAAGCAGAGCGAGCCCGUAAACUGCAACAGGAGGCUAAACAGAAGUUUGUGGAUGUUGAAAUUGCUGUCUCUGCCGAUGGACGACUUUUGAAAAAGAACACAUCAAACGGCUCAGCUCCGGUUCAUACCUCAGAUAGUCUCGAGGACGAUGAGAAAGUGUCAGCUCAGGACCUCAUUGAUUUCACCCCUGUUCACAGGUGCUGUCAGAUUUUCAACGUAUUAGGCGCUAAAGAAGAGUUUGACGUAUACUAUCGACAACAAAGAAAGGACCAAUGUGAUCUAGUCAUUGAGCCGCCUUCUAAGAUGAACUCUCUGAAGCAUUAUGUGGAUUAUCUAGACGAAAUCAUUGGUUUUUUCGUAGUGGAAGAUCAUAUUAUAAUCACGGAGCCUACUCUCGUCACAUCAUCCCAUAAAGAUCAACUAUGGGAAAGCGCUCUCAAGAAGAUUGUGCAUACAAUGAAUAGCCGUUUUGGAGGCUGUCCUGAUGUGGAGAUGAUGCUCCGUAUGAAGAAAGUUAUCCUUCUGUUCGCACUAACUAUGAAAUCAUACGGGUAUGGCAUUGCUCCGCUCUAUUCGCUGUUGCAGAACUUCAGGGACCAGUACAACGAGAUUUUAAUGAGCGAAUAUUGCGCUCAAUUUGAGCGUGAUCUUGAGAAGGACAACUACGCUCCAAUCAGCGUCGAAAACGAGGAGCAGUUCCGUGCUGUCAUAAAAGAGUUUCCUUUCUAUAAAAGGAGCAUGGAACAGGAGCCAUUCCCUCGAAAGUUCCCUUACUCCCGCUUUGUUGUUUCUGCUUACUCCAAAGCUAAGUUGUACCUUCAAGGAUGUUUGAAGUUUAUGGAGCAUCUUCAGCUGACCCACUCUGAAAUGGAUGACACCGUGAGAAGAUAUGCGAACGUUUUACUUUCUCGUUGGUCUGGAAGCCUGAAGUCUUUUGUAGAGAAGAAACUUUCGCUUGUGCAACUGGUACAAAUCACGAUCAACAUUGGUUAUUUGGAAAAAUCGUGUGAGUCCCUGGGAGUAUAUAUCACGAAGAUAACGAGUGGCAACGAGUUGAAUGUAUCCAUGACGGCUCAUCAGCUAUCUUUAACUGAACGAGUGUUCAGGGAUGCCAGGAGCGAGGUGGAACAGCAGAUUGAAAUGUGUAUUCGAGAUAAGGUUGAUGCCUUUAUUGAGUUGGCGCAGUACGACUGGGAGCUUCCUGCCUCUUCAGGACAUGCUUCCGACUACAUUAGUGAUUUAAUAAACUAUUUAUCAACCACAUUUCUUUCUUUCACAAAUCUUCCAUCAGUUUUGGCACGCCACGUUUGCAUGCAGACGUGCAAGCAUUUAUCAUCAAGGCUCUCGGAUGUCUUACUUUCACCAGAUGUUCGAGCAAUCUCCAUGGGGGCUCUGGAGCAGUUCAGCUUGGACGUUAUGCAGUGUGAAAUGUUCACAGCUAGGUGUCCUGUCGCUGGCUUUGACCAUAAUACGCUUCCAAUGACCUUUGCACACCUAAGGCAGUUAUUGGAGCUUGUAAUGAGUAACGACUGGACUUCGUACCUUGCCGAAUACGGACAAGAGAAUGGCACAUAUGUUCGUGUGAACGCGGCUACGGCAACACAGCUUUUAGAGAAGAUGAUUGAAUUCGAAAAGAAGAGCUCCGGCUUCUUCGGUAUCAAUAAGGGCGAUCGAAAAAAACUGCUGGAUACAAUUAUUCGACAGUUACGAGCAUUAUCUGCGCAAUAA